UUGACUGAAACCCUAAUCGGGCUUUUUUACUUUACCUUAUUCUCUCUCAAUUCUCCUCUUCGUAGCCGUCGAAUCUGAAAUGAUCACCGGAAUGUUCCGAAGAUCUUCCCUGCCGUCAAGGCAGACUCUCUCCGCCGCACUGAGCUCUUUUGAUUCGGCUCUUUCCCGAAAUUUCACCACCGGAGCCUCCGCGAAGCUUAAUCCGAUUGGAAACGGAUCUAAUCUCUCCUCCGCAUCGUUUCAAGGCUACGCCACUGAGCGUGAAACUAGCGUCGCAGAUUCAAUCAAAAUCACUCCAGAGAAUGUCAAACCAUUGAGCAAGAAGAAAGAAGGAGAAGAAAGCACAUCGAAGAUCAAAGGAACGAGGAUCUGCAUUGCGAUCCGUUCCUUCGACAACCCGGAGAAGGAAGCCUGGUGUCUCCCUCCCCACAGUCGCUACGCCGCGAUGCCCGACACGAGGACCUUGUACACGGUCCUGCGUUCCCCUCACGUCGACAAGAAGUCGAGGGAGCAGUUCGAGAUGAGGUUCAAGAAACGGUUUCUUGUCAUCAAGGCUCAGAGCCAUGAGCUUAACAAGAAGCUGUUUUGGUUGAAGCGUUACCGUAUCCUCGGAGCUCAGUACGAGCUUCAGUUCCAUUGCAAGACUCGGUUGGAUAUGUCUCCCGUGUUGGCCAGCAUCAACGGCUCCACCAUUGGUGGUCAGUGAGACAAAGCUUAAAGAGAUCGUUUUUGAGAAGUUGGGGGUUUUGAUCCGAUCCUGUAAUAAUGUCUGAAUCUUACGUCGGAUUCAGUAAAGAAUUCAGCUAUACAUCACAAUUCUUAGCUUUUGUUCUUGUUUUUUUUUUCUUUUCAGUUACUGAUGUUUCAAAGACAUGGUUUUUAGACUGAAUUUUAGUGUCACGGUGCAUUCAGGUUA